AUGUCCGUUUUCAUUUGCUUUCUCAGGUGCAAACGACGGUUGCAAAGGUCAACUCGACUGUGUCUCGUGCACUCACAAUCGAAAAACUUGGCGAAACGGAAGCAACAAACGUCGCCGACGCGCGGGUCCUGCGAGGAUACAAAGCAGCGAGCGACGACACAGCACAACUCUCUGACCAAAUAUCCACUUGAGACAAUGCCGCUCUACCGUCGCGGCCCAGGAUUCAGCUUCUCUGGACCCGCAGGGCUGGACUUCGAUGGGAACCACGCAUGGCCGCACUCGUACGGACCGCCGGUCGACUCUGUGCGCUCCCUGGAGCUGGAUCUACGGCUCUUCUCGGCCUACUUCUUGGUGGCCGAGUCUCUAGCCACCUUCGUGGGCUACCGCAUCGCGCAACACUGUAUUCGUGGCUGCCGUGUGUACUUCUUGUCACCUUCGCAGCGCAUGUGGAUCGGUUUCUUUUACUGUUGGUUAAAAAUCCGAUUGAUCGACUAUGCGUUCCACGGCACGGCAUAUUACACGAUGUCGUUACUUAUUAUGGUUGUGUACUUUGUGUACGCACUACUGGCCUUUGGCUUCCACUUCGGACCAUUGCAGUUCCUCUUUUUCGACUACAUCCCACGCAGCAAGAUGACAAAGAGCUUGAUCUACAAAAUGGCACUGCUGUGCAAGGAAGUCUCAGCGCGUAUUGAGUUCUACGUGUUGCAGCAGCUCAUCUGCCGUCCACCACUGGAAACUCGCGAUAGAAACGCUAUGACCUCGUCGCCAUUCGCCACACACCCGUUGGAGCAUCAAACCUCGCACAAAGCUGCUGGAUUCUCUCGAGUCACAUCGUUUUUCGGACGGGAGGUGGACGUCAACAUUGAGCUCUGGAACAGCUCAAUGUGUCAACAAUGGGCCAUGACACUGAGCUCCGCUGCACGCUCUACUGCAUCCCGCGUUCGGAGCAAGUGUGGCGACUCCACUGUACUUACAAACAGCGCCUUCGAGUGUCGCUUCAUGUUCGUCAUGCAACACGAUGGCUUGUUGCUAGGCUUCUUCAUGACGACUCCUACUGCGACACUAAUGGUCAAGUUUAAGGACGGGAAAGCCAUGCCAUUUGAGCUGCUACUACGGUUUAACUGCAGCUCUCGCUCGGCGGUAUCAACUACGUCUCCGAUAUUUCUAUACGCUGAGAGUCCAAAGUUGGUGGGAAGAGCAACAGUGGCUCAAAAGAAUGCCGUUUAUCGUCUUCUACUUCAACUCAACAGUGUUCAUGGCAAUACGGCCGAUGUGCCUCUACGCGCUCUACGCACCAAGAACUUUGUGGACGCUGGUGUUGGCCAAGUGGUGAAGAAGAAAUCACGCGCGAAUGGCUCAUUUAGCGGUCUGGACGGGUAUUAACAAGCAGGGCAUCGUGCUCGCACUUAUUUAUAUAGUAGAUUAACCAAGCAUAUUACCAAGUCUUUUGUUCA